AUCAUCUGGAGAACAAGCAUAACCAACGAAGGUAUAACCAAACAUUACAAGAAUGCAGCUCCAGGUCAAAUUCCUGAACGGCGCACCUUACAACCUGACGGUGGACCCAAGUAUCACCGUUGGAGAAUUAAAGACACGCAUCGGAUCGCUGAGCGGCGAUGCACCUGCACAUCUGAAGCUCAACGCAAACGGGACCAACUUCAGCAAUGAUUCCAGUACACUCGGUGCCAUCGGCUUGCAGUCUGGUCUCAUCAUGGCUCUGAUACAGAACCCCGCCCCUAUUCAGGUGAUACAAGAUCCCGCCCCUAUUCAGGUGUUCGUGAAGAAUGAGAAAGGUCAGACUAAAACCUAUGACGUGGCGCCAGGUGAAACAGUCACUGAUCUCAAACGCAAAGUCUACAACAAGGAGAGGGUUAAAGAGGACCAGCAGAGACUGAUUUACAAUGGCAAGCAACUGGAAGAUCAACAAAAGCUGAAGGACUAUGGCAUUAAGUCAGGGAGCACCAUCCAGCUCACAUUCCGACUCAGAGGAGGUUGAUUUGAAAAUGGAAAGGAUCUAUUUAAUUUAACACAAUUCAUUCCAAUGGCAAAUGUUUCUAUUUAUUAUAAACUAUUCAGCCUAUAAUGAAAGUAUAUGAAAUAACUUCAUUCUAGCUCUGGACACUUUUCUUCCUGUUUUUUGUUUCCUUUUUGGCAGUUCUGUUACUGUGGACACCAGUGUAAUUGCAUUGCACCAGUGUAAUU